AUGGUGAAGCUACUCGUGGAGUCGUGGAUAUGGUGGUCGGUGGUGAUGGUGGUGGCCAUAAGCCGAUUUGCCUCACGGCGAAUGACCCUCGGCUCCUUUCGCAAGUUCCAGGCCGAUGACUACCUCAUGCUCCUCGCCCUCUGCUUCUACACCACCCUCAUCUCCACGAUCAACAUCGUCCGCUACACCAACUCCAACCUCCUGCCGCCCGGCUUCAACAUCAACACAAUCACCCCGCACGAUAGAGCACAGCGAGAGUAUGGAAGCAAGUUGAUCCUAGUGGUGGAACAAUGCCAGUGCGCGACCGUCUGGCUCGUCAAGGGCUGCCUCGUCCUCCUCUACCUGCGCCUCACCUCCGUGCACCGCGAAAACAUCCUCAUCAAAAUCCUCGGCGCCUAUGUCGUCAUCACCUUUGUCGUCAUGGACAUUCUGUACUUUGGCGUCUGGUGCCAGCCCUUUCACGAAUACUGGGCGGUUCCGACCGACUCGAGUCAAUGCGAUGCGGCGACGAACCAUCUCAUCACCAACGCCUGCUUCAACCUGAGCUCCGACGUGGCCAUGAUACUCAUCGUGCUCCCCAUCUUCCUGCGCAUGCGACUCCCGUGGCAAAAGAAGAUUCCCUUGAUCUUCGUCUUCAGUCUCGGCCUGUUCACCAUUCUCGCCGCGAUUUUGAACAAAGUGUACUCCUUUUCAGAUCCCUUCGGCUCCCUUUGGACAUAUUGGUACACCCGAGAAUCCUCCACAGCGCUACUCGUAGCCAACCUCCCGUUCGUCUUCACUCUUUGGAUCAAGAUCCCCGGUCUGAGAAAACUCAUCGGAUACUCAAAG